AUGCCGAUCAUCAACGGCAAAAAGAUGGCCUGCGAGCCAUGCAUUCGCGGCCACCGGUCGACGACAUGCAACCAUGCCCGGGAGCGCGUCAUGGUGCCGGUCCGCAAGCCGGGCAGGCCGCUGAAUGAAUGCCCGCACCCGAAGGGCAGCAACUGCCACUGCAGGGACCUGACUGUCGCCAUCCCCCGCAAGAGGAAAUGUCCUUGUGGUGACACCAAGUCCUCGACCGCCCAGGGCUCGACGUCUGGCGUCCUCAAGGAAGGUUCCUCCCCGGGAAGCGCAACGCCGCCAGCCGAUGACCAGAUCAAGGUCGCCGAGCCCACGCAGUUAGCGCACCCGAACCCUUCAGCCUUCGUUCCGACGCCUCCUGCUACUUACUCAUCAUCGCCCAGUCUGAAUGGUCACACCUCGGCGCAAUGGAAUGCCAACCCGAGCUGGGACUGGAAUUUCGGGGCAGCAGGCGCGCCUACUGUUGGGCCAUCAUUCCAGGGUUUCAAUGGCGCUCCGGCGCCGUUAUCUCAACAACCAGGAGUUCUUGGUUCUGCUGUCGGAAAAUCGGAGGUGGAGGUCAAUGCAGCAACACCGCUCAACGAGCCCACGAUACCGCCUCCGAAAGAUGAUGUUCCCGUACAGUCGAGCUGCUGCUCGACGAGGCGGUCCAGCACGACAGCACAGUUCGCAUCAGCUUCGGGGGCUGUCUCUCCUGAGUCAAGCGCAUCGUCCUACACCGAUCACUCACGAUCCAGCUCAAAAUCAAGAAACAUUCCAGCAAUGCGGAUGGAUAGGCCCACUUCACAGACGUCACCACGUGUAGCGGCCCUUCCCCAAAUCUCACCUGUCCAAGCUGGUCAAGCUUCGUAUCCGGUCAUGCUGCAGAGCCCAUUGGCACAGUUCACCAUGCAGCCCAUCACAGCUCACCCGCCGGCUUGUACCGGCUGUGGACAUGAUCAACCGCCCAUCCUGAUAUAUCUCCCGUAUGGCCCACCCGCGCAACCCGUCAGUUAUGUUGGUGCAGGUGGCCCCAUGUUUGUCGUACCGCCCAAUGGCGCGAGCGUACCGCCCACAAAUUUCCCUAGGAACCCUCCGCCAACUGCCAUCACGGUUCCGGUUGGUGGCUGUGCAAGCGAUGGCGGCAAUUUGGGAAGCAUCCAUGAGUGCCAUUGUGGUCCGGGGUGCCAAUGCAUAGGCUGUAUCGCACAUCCAUUCAACGAUGCGACCAAGGAAUAUAUCAGGUCCGCGCAAGAUGCUUACGAGGAUUUCGGUCAAGGUUAUCCUGCGAUUCCCGAGGUGGAUAGCGCGUCAGUCCCUACUGCACAAUCCAUGGCCAACCUGGCGUUGAGCCCGGAGCAGACGUUAGGUCCUGAGGACUUCUUCUUCGUCGAUUACCCCAUGACUAGAGGAACAUACGGAGGAUGA